AGCCGCGGCAGCGUGGCCGUGCGCGCGCCCGCGCCCUCGCCCCCGCCAGGGAAGAUGGAGGAGGACGAGGAGGACGCGAUCGCCAUGGUCCCCAAGGAAGAGCCGGAGGACAUGGACUUUCUCUCCGGGCUGGAACUGGCCGAUCUGCUGGACCCUCGGCAACCGGACUGGCACCUGGAGCCCGGGCUCAGCUCGCCCGGGCCCCUGUCCUCGUCCGGCGGAGGCUCGGAGAGCGGCGGCCUCUUGCGGGGGGACGACGACGACGAGAGCGCGGCCGCGGAGAUGCAGCGCUUUUCUGACUUGCUGCAGAGGCUGCUGAACGGCAUCGGAGGCUGCAGUGGCGGCGGCGGCGCCGGUGGCGAGCGCGGUAGCGCCGAAAAGAGGCGGAGAAAGUCCCCGGGAGGAGGAGGCGGCGGCGGCGGCACCAACGACAACAGCCAAGCGGCGGCCAAGAGUCCCCGGAAGGCAGCGGCGGCCGCGGCCCGUCUCAAUCGACUCAAGAAGAAGGAGUACGUGAUGGGGCUGGAGAGUCGAGUCCGGGGACUGGCUGCCGAGAACCAGGAGCUGCGGGCCGAGAACAGGGAGCUGGGCAGACGCGUGCAAGCACUGCAGGAGGAGAGUCGCUACCUACGGGCAGUCCUCGCCAACGAGACGGGACUGGCUCGCCUGCUGAGCCGGCUGAGCGGCGUGGGACUGCGCCUGACCACCUCGCUCUUCAGGGACUCGCCCGCCGGUGACCAUGACUACGCCCUGCCGGUGGGGAAGCAGCCGCCGGAGCUGCCAGAAGAGGACGACGCGGCGGGAGGAGUGUGUCUCCAUGUGGACAAGGAUAAGGUGUCGGUGGAGUUCUGCUCGGCGUGCGCUCGGAAGGCGUCGUCUUCUCUUAAAAUGUAGGGUCAAGUAGUCUGCUCUUUAUCCGCGGUUACCCCCUUCUGCUCCCUUACACCAUGUCAAACACCUUAGUGGGACAUCUUCACCGGACACAUUUCAGAGGCGGAAAAAAAAAGUAAUAUUAAAUCUUUUAAGUGUUUAGCUAAAACGCAUGAAUGUGACACUGUAACCAACUCCUAAUGAUAACCUGUGACUAUUAAAUCUCUCUGACAGUUUCUUUUUUAGGUGAUUUCCUUCCUGCCAGGCUCCGUUGUAGGGGUUACAGAACAGUCGUUCCCGCCUCCCAACCUGGUAAGGAUCCAUCUCUUCACGUAACGCUCAUGCUCUGCUGCUUAGUCUGCUUUAAUGGGCAACAUCUCAAUUUGUGUGUGUGUGUGUGGUAUAUUUUUCGUUUGUUUCUUUUUUUAUUGAAAGGUGGGAGGGGAAUUUUCAUUUGGGCCCUGUCCACCCUGGAAACAGACUUGUGCUGGUCAACGAUGUACUUAAAGUUGCUUCUGGUUGAAAUAGCUGUUAAAUGUGUCCCCUUGUUCAGAGUUGCGUGUCCCUAGCUCAUCUGUCCCCAGUGUGGACAUGGCCUUGGAGGACAUCGGUUCCAACUGUACACUGAAACCUGCUAAUAGAGAUACAGUUUGGAGACAGUGAAACAGGUGAAGUGAAUGGAACUUCCGAGUUGUACCCGGUGCAAAUUGGAAUUCCAAUUGUAGAGCAACUUCAGAGGUUGACAUAAGUAUUUGAGGCAUGCACAAAUGUGGUAUUUUUCUGGAGAUGACAAAUCUCUUAAAAUACUUAAGAAUGCCUUCUAGUUUACAGUAGAAAAUACAGAAAUACAAUCUAUAUAAGAUUCUAAUAUUUCAUCUCUUAAGUUGGAAAUUAACAUACCCUUCAGAUUUCUGGAAGAAUGAUUAAUGAAAUGUCUGAGGACCAGCACAGUAAUUAUCUAUCACUGAGUAUGAAGAACUUGUUGGAAGCAUUUAUUUUUGUUGUAUUAAAAUUUAGGCUAAAUUUGUAUAUGACUAGAUAUUGAAGGUUAUGAAAUGUGAAUGAAAACAUGUAAAGUGAGGCUUCACAAAGAAUCUUAUUUUCCAUAUUUCUAAAACUUCACAUUUUAAAAUUAAAUAGUUCUGGCCACUUAAUGAUAUGAUUGAUACUGUUUUUUCCAAGAUGGAAAGUAUUCUUCCCUUGAAAUGCUGUUUAUUGUCCACUUGUCUAAAUCUGUGUUAUCAUGUCCUAACGUGCAAGAGACAUUAAAUUCUUUGUGAAACAUCACUGUUUGAUAAAGGAUAUACGUAUUUAGCAUCCUUGUUUUUCUUUGUGCUAAAGUGGAUACAGCUGUUGGGGCAGAAGAGACGGGACCAGCUGCUGGCCACAUUUCCUGCUUUAUUUUAAAAGGUAGUAUAAGAAAUAAGGAAGAAGAGGUAAUAUCAGGGCUUCUGCUGUCUUUUAUUUUUAAAAUGUUCAUAAUUAAGUAUUUUCCAGCAGUCCAAAGAUGUAAGUUAUCUUACACGUAAGAUGUUUUCUUUUGUUAUUUGUUUAUGGAAAUGGAAUCUUGUUCAUGCACAACUAACUGUAACUGUUUUAUUGCUAGAUAAUAUGAUUUGAGACUUAAAUUAGUCUCUGGUUUUCAGUAUAUCACAUUUUGUAAAGUUAUCCACUGCACUUGAGCAUGAAUGGGUAGUAGCCAAUCUCUCACAACUUGGAGUGAUGGACCUGCUUCUUCAAGGGCAGGAACAAGCCCCCACAAUGCAGCUGCAUGGAUUUUAGUGCCUACUGAAUUAUAUAUAUAUACAUAGAGAUAAACCAAAAGUAGUUGGAAAAUUAUUUGAAAUGACUAAUUUGUGCUCCUUCUGAAAUAUGUUAAAUGUAGCUUUUGAAACAGAAGCCUUGAAUUGAAAUUUAAUACUUGAACAUUUUUGUAUAUAUUUCUUUGUAUAUAAUUUUGUGCAGUACCAAUGACAAAAAUAUGGUGUCAUAAUAAAAUCAGGUUUGUUGAUCUUUCA